CAAGGAGCAACCGAGGGUCAUCUGCAGCUUACGUUCCUCGGAAUCCAUGAUGUCCCAAGAUGCGAUCAAAGGAGACUACCUGCAGUACAGGUCUUCGGCAAUAUUAUCCAUGCUAUCACAAUCCAUAGGCAUCCUUCUGGACUCGGGGGCAGCGCAACUGACAGUGGGCGGACACUCGGGGCUGCAGAGCGGGAAGGAUGAUAAUCGCCUGGAUGUCGACGAGAUAGAAGCAGAUUCCACCAGUGGAGGACCCCCAGAGAAAGCUGCAGGCUAUCAAAGCGCCGUCAGACCCAAGAUACAUUUCAUGGGUCCGGUUCGAAAACCAAUCCCGAGACCCAAGCCAAAGCCCAAACCAGAUGGCAAGCCAAAACGCGGAGGGCACGCGGAAUAACAGUCUGAGAGUGUAUCAGAGGUGCGAGGGGUUAGGACUCCAGUUGCUUCAAGGUUCGAAGGCAUUAUCACCAGCGAUAGACAGAACGACUGCUAGCGAUACCAGUGCAUGUGCGGCGUGGUUGCAUCGCCCAUCCAUUCGAGUAUAUUCGUCAGUUUUUCCGUUGGGAUGGAACCAAGCAAGAAUUGCAUGAAGCUGCAUGCCGGAAGCAGUCUUUUACGUUGAACUUAGC